AUGAAACCCUCGUCGAUCCUCCCUCUGGCCUGCGCGCUGCCCUGCGCGCUGCCCUGCGCUGCCGCCCCGUGCCAGCCGGCCUCGUUCACCAACCCCAUCCUCUACGAGGACUACCCGGACAACGACGUCUCGCUCGGCCCCGACGGCGCCUACUACCUGUCCGCCUCCAACUUCCACUUCUCGCCCGGCGCGCCCAUCCUGCGCUCCGAGGACCUCGUCCACUGGGAGGCCAUUGGCCACUCGCUGCCCCGUCUCGACUUUGGCGGUGGCUACGACCUGGCCCCCGGCGGCGAGCGCGCGUACCGCGGCGGCACCUGGGCGUCGACGCUGCGCUACCGCGAGAGCAACGGGCUCUGGUACUGGAUCGGAUGCACAAACUUCUGGAACACGUGGGUGUUCACCGCGCCCGCCGUGACGGGGCCCUGGGACAAGGCCUCGCAGAUGGAGAGCGGGCUCUGCUUCUACGACAAUGGCCUGCUUAUUGACGACGAUGACACCAUGUACGUCGUCUACGGCUCUGAUACCGUCAGCGUCGCGCAACUAGACGAGGACGGCCUGCUGCCCGUCCGCACCGAGGUCGUCUUCACGGCCGACGACGCCAACGUCGACGCCAUUGAGGGCAACCGAAUGUACAAGAUCAACGGCCUGUACUACAUCCUCAACGACCGUCCCGGCGGCACCACCAUCAUCUGGAAGGCCGAGAGCCCGUUUGGACCCUACCAGCACAAGGUCCUCGUCGAGAACGUCGCGGGCCCCGUCGAGGGGGGCAACUCACCGCACCAGGGCAGCCUCGUCGAGACCCCCGACGGCGACUGGUACUUUAUGUCCUUCACAUGGGCGUACCCGGCCGGCCGCAUGCCGGUGCUGGCCCCCGUCACGUGGGGCGACGACGGCUUCCCCGUCUUCGUGCCGGGCGGCAAUGGCGGCUGGGGCGUGACGUACCCCGUACCACUACGCCCCGCGGUGCCGACGCCCGACUGGCUGCGCACGUACACCUUUGAGGGCCCGGAUCUCGAGCCGACCUUUGAAUGGAACCACAACCCGGACGUGUCCUCGUACGAGGUCAACAAUGGCGUCACGCUGUUCACGGCCACGGUGACAGAGGAUAUCUAUUCUGCGCGCAACACGCUCACGCAUCGCAUUCAUGGGGAGUUUCCCGUGGGCACUGUGGAGAUUGACUUUUCCAGCAUGCAUGAUGGUGACCGCGCCGGGUUUGCCGCGUUUCGCGAUCAGUCUGCGUAUAUUGGCAUCCACCGCGAUGGGGACACGUACACGCUCACGGCCAAGCACGGCAUGAUCAUGGACGAGUGGUCGUCCGAGCCCGUCUCGCCGGGUAGCAUUGCAGCCGAACAGGUGCUACCCGCGGACACGACGCGUAUCUGGUUCCGGCAGGGAUUGGACGCGCGCGCGAGCGGCACGCGGGACUGCGAUUUCUCGUACAGUCUGGACGGCGAGGCGUUUGAGACGUUUGGGCCGACGUAUGAGCUGUACGACGGCUGGGCGUGGUUCAUUGCGUAUCGAUAUGGGAUCUUCAACUUUGCGACAAAGGCGAUGGGGGGAUCUAUUGAGGUCAAGUCGCUGGUGGUGGCAUAG